AUGGCUUUUAGAAUCACCAGUCAAUUGCGCUCGACCGGCAAACAAAUCGGCGGCUCUCGUCGCUUCGCGACCGCAGUCGCCGAUGGAGCCAAACAAACAUAUAAUAAGUUUUCAGUAACGGGAGAGUUUGCACCAGUGGCUAUAAUUGGAGGUUUUGUUGCUCUAGCGGUUGCUAUGGCCGGACAUAGUCUCAAGCAGCAGCUAAUGCAUGCUCCAGGGGUUAGUACAAGGAAGAACAGGAGAGCGGCUGUCGCGGAAGUCGAUGAUCCGGACAAUUGUGUUUCCUCGGCGGACAAGUAUAUCAACAAGUCUUGGCUACGCAAAGUAGGUCAAAUUCAAGAUAAGUCUAGCGCCAUCUUAUCUGAUCCCACCAGACCUAACCCAUUCACCACGCCUCGAAAUGCAGAGACACUGAAAUCCGUUGGUGUGGCUCCAAAGGGAAUCUGA